UGAAAGGACUGAAAGGUAGAGCAAACUUGUUUGUCUGUAUUUAGGUCAAUCACGGUUGAUAAACGAUCGAAAUCAAACCCUAUCCCCAAAUCGCCAAUUGAUUUCUUUAGAUCCAUAUUUGAUCGAUUGCCACUUGUUUCUUUCACCUAAAUUGAUUGAUCAAAACCAGACACUAGCUUAAAGACAAAAAAAAAAAGUAUUAAAUCGUUUCCAAAUGGUUCUUUAUCAAAUUUGAAGUCUUCAGAGCUUGGACGUCCACUGGAAACCUACUUCAUCCAUGGCGAUAACACUGACUUUGUUGAUUAUAUUCGCCGGAAUUCUAAGCGCCCAAUCCAAGUAUAUGGUGUAUAACACUUCGCAGGGCAUUGUUCCCGGGAAACUCAAUGUUCAUUUGGUUCCUCACUCGCACGAUGAUGUUGGAUGGUUGAAGACUAUUGAUCAGUACUAUGUUGGUUCCAACAACUCCAUCCAGGGGGCUUGUGUUCAAAAUGUAUUAGAUUCAUUAGUUCCUGCGUUGUUGGCUGACAAGAAUCGGAAAUUCAUUUAUGUUGAACAGGCAUUUUUCCAGCGCUGGUGGAGAGACCAGAGUGAGGCAGUACAGGCCACAGUCCAGAAGUUUGUCAGUUCGGGUCAAUUAGAGCUCAUAAACGGGGGUUGGUGCAUGCACGAGGAGGCAGCAUCACAUUAUAUAGACAUGAUAGAUCAGACAACAUUCGGACAUCAAUUUAUAAAGGAGCAGUUCAAUGUGACACCGAGAAUAGGUUGGCAAAUCGAUCCCUUUGGACAUUCUGCAGUGCAAGCUUAUCUGUUGGGGGCAGAGGUUGGUUUUGACUCUUUUUUCUUUGGGCGAAUUGACUACCAAGAUAGAGCCAAGCGGAAAAAUGAGAAGAGUCUUGAGUUCAUUUGGCGAGGCUCUAAGAGUCUUGGUUCUUCUGCACAGAUUUUCGCUGGUGCAUUCCCCGAGAAUUAUGAUCCUCCAAGUGGUUUUAACUUCGAAGUUAAUGAUGAUUCUGAUUCCCCCAUUGUCCAGGAUAACAUCAAUUUGUUCGAUUACAAUGUCCAAGAGCGUGUCAAUGAUUUUGUUGCUGCUGCAUUAUCCCAGGCUAAUAUAACUCGCACAAAUCAUGUAAUGUGGACCAUGGGGACGGAUUUCAAGUAUCAAUAUGCUAAUACAUGGUUCCGGAAUUUGGACAAAUUAAUUCAUUAUGUUAAUCAAGAUGGACGUGUCAAUGCACUGUAUUCAACCCCAUCUAUUUACACUGAUGCAAAAUAUGCAGCAAAUGAGUCCUGGCCACUCAAGACUGAUGACUUCUUCCCAUAUGCAGACCGUGUAAAUGCUUACUGGACAGGAUAUUUUACAAGUAGGCCUGCUUUAAAAGGCUAUGUCAGAAUGAUGAGUGGCUACUACUUGGCUGCAAGGCAAUUGGAAUUUUUCAAAGGGAGGAGUAUAACAGGGCCCACCACAGACACUCUGGCUGAUGCUUUGGGAAUAGCUCAACACCACGAUGCAGUUAGUGGUACAGAAAAGCAGCAUGUGGCUGAUGAUUAUGCAAAAAGGCUUUCAAUAGGCUACAAAGAGGCUGAGGAGUUAGUUGCAACUUCCCUUGCUUGUAUGGUAGAAUCAGCACCAAAAUCUGGAUGUGGGAGCCCAAUUACCAAGUUUCAACAGUGUCCACUUCUGAACAUUAGUUAUUGUCCUCCAACAGAAGUUUAUUUAUCUCUUGGAAAAAAAAUGGUUGUUGUCGUCUACAAUUCUCUGGGGUGGAAAAGAGAAGAUGUUAUAAGAAUUCCUGUUAUCAAUGAGAAUGUUACUGUUCAUGAUUCAAAUGGAAAAGAAAUUGAAUCACAGCUUCUACUUCUAGUUAAUGCCUCUUUAAGCCUAAGAAACCAAUAUACUACUGCCUAUGUGGGUAAAUCCCCAAGUGUGACCCCCAAGUAUUGGCUUGCAUUUACAGCAUCUGUUCCACCUCUUGGUUUCAGCACUUACAUCAUCUCAAGUGCCAAGCAGGCAGCUGCUACUUUAGUGAGAGAAACGGUAUACACGUCCACUGGGAGUCAAAAUGACACUAUAGAAGUGGGGCCGGGAAAUUUGAAGCUUAUCUAUUCUGGAAAUGAAGGGAAACUCAUUCGUUACAUUAAUAGCAGAAGCUCGGUUGAAGCAACUUUAGAGGAAUCAUAUGGCUACUAUGCUGCCUAUGACGGAAGUCAAGAUCCCGAAUAUUUUCAGGCCUCUGGAGCAUAUGUUUUUCGUCCAAAUGGUUCUUUCUCCAUUCCAUCUGAAGGACAGAUGCCAUUUACAGUUUUGCGAGGACCGCUACUAGAUGAAGUUCAUCAGAGGAUUAAUUCAUGGAUAUAUCAGAUCACGAGAGUGUACAAGGGAAAAGAGCAUGCUGAAGUUGAAUUUAUUGUUGGCCCCAUACCUAUUGAUGAUGGAAUUGGGAAAGAGGUUGUAACCCAAAUUACUACAUCCAUGAAAAGCAAUAAGACAUUUUACACGGAUUCUAAUGGACGUGAUUUCAUUGAGCGGAUUCGAGAUUAUAGAGCUGACUGGGACCUUGAAGUGAACCAACCUGUUGCAGGAAAUUAUUACCCCGAUCUGACGAUGAAGAAGAUUGGUACGGAACAUGAAAUUAAUCUUGGAAUUUAUAUGAAAGAUGUUAGCACAGAGCUCUCUGUCUUGGUCGAUAGAUCUGUGGGGGGAUCCAGCAUUAGGGAUGGGCAAUUGGAGCUGAUGCUCCAUAGGAGAUUGCUUCGUGAUGAUUCUAGAGGUGUUGCAGAGGCACUAAACGAAACAGUUUGUGUGCUUGAUGAAUGCAAGGGAUUAACUAUCCAAGGAAAGUAUUAUCUCAGAAUUGAUCCCCUAGGAGAGGGAGCUAAAUGGCGCCGGUCUUCCGGUCAGGAGAUAUAUUCUCCAUUUCUCUUAGCCUUCACUGAGCAGGAUGGGGAUAAAUGGAGUAACUUUCAAGUAUCAAGCUUUUCAGGGAUAGACCCUUCCUACAGUUUACCAGAAAAUGUUGCAAUGAUUACCCUCCAGGAGCUUGAAGAAGGAAAAGUUCUUCUUCGGUUGGCGCACUUAUAUGAGAUUGGAGAGGACAAGGAUCUCUCAGUCAUGGCAAGCAUAGAAUUGAAAAAAUUGUUCACAGAUAAGAAGAUAAGUAAAAUUACAGAAAUGAGCUUAUCUGCUAAUCAAGAAAGACUAGAGAUGGAGAAGAAAAGAUUGGUUUGGAAAGUAGAAAGCUCCCAUGAUGAGCCCAGUAUAUUGAGAGGAGGCCCUGUAGAUCCCAUAAAGUUGGUGGUGGAACUUGCCCCAAUGGAAAUUCGGACCUUCGUUCUUGAAUUCACUAACAAAAUUGUCCACUACAAUUAAGGUAAGCUGAUUGCAGAUGGGUUAAUGAAUUUAAUCCGUUAGCUGUGUUAAAUUUAUGAUGCAAAAAUAUAAGAUGUAAAAUAAGAAGAUGGAAGAGAGAAAGAUAGAGAAGUAUAUACAUGGUUCGGCACUAAGGCCUACAUCCAUCGAUCAAGAGCCACUGAGGCUACAUUUUCCCUUAUUACUUUCUUGAUGCGUUGUAUUGAUACACAAUAUAUUGGAAAUAAAGUUGACAAAAUGAAUAAAUCAGGGAGACGAUAUUCGCACUUCA